AUGUCCGCAGCCUCGAUUCCCGACACUUCGCUGGGCCUUACCUCCUCCGAGAUCCAGAUCCUCCGACAACAGCAGCAGAUUGCCCUGCAGGGCGGCCAUGCCGGCAAUGGGGUCACCCGGGGCAGAGGAGCAGGGACAACCAGCAACUCCAGCUCUCGCGCUACCAGUGCCGCCAGCAGCCAGGGCCGUCUGCUGCUGGACCCUAUGAGCCUACGCGCACUAUCGCACCAGCUCGAUGGGCUCCAGGCGCAAAUACACCACCGCAUCGAAUAUCUCGAGGACCAAAUGCAGCGCUCUAUCGCAAAUACCUAUGACCGUGCGGGAAACGUCAUCCGCAAUGCCGAUGCCGAAAUUGCCCGCACCCGCGAGAUUCUGGCCUCCAUCGACGAUUUGGAUAAUGAGUUGGCAAAGAUCUCUCAUAUUCGCGAUAUCGUCAAGGGAUUUCGUGGCCGAAUCGAGAAUAUAGAUCAUCGCAUAGAUCAGAGUUCUCGCCGCCGACGAUGA